AUGGCAGGGAACGGGAAGUGCAAGGCGAUGACUACAACGCUGCACUUGAAACUGAGUUACCCCCAGAUCCAGCUGGCAUUGGUUGUCGGUGUCUGCGGUGGCGUCCCAUACGGCAACGAUGGGCGGGACACUUUUUUAGGGGAUGUCCUUGUUAGCGAUCGUCUCGUUCAGUGGGAUACUGGGACUUUGCUUCCCAGCGCAUGCGUGCACAAAGACGGGCCUCAGAACAUCCAAGGCCGGCCAUGCCAUCGUAUGGAAACCUUUCUUGCCAUAGUCAAAACGCCGGAUGAAAGGCGUCAGCUGGAGUCGAGCAGUACUACUAGUACAUCCAUGACUACGACAUCGCCAACAUCUACAGGGACUAGUACACCAUAUGGACAGUGUGGUGGUACCGGAUACACUGGGCCAACUGAAUGCCCGAGCGGAUGGAAGUGCACUUACCAGAAUGCGUAUUACUCUCAGUGUCUACAAUAG